AUGGCAAGGUGUCGUCACGAAGCUGCAUUCCUUGAAUUUGAAAAAUCAAUUAGCGACACGCCCCGCAAUAUUGCCCUUCGUGUUCAAACACAUGAAUAUUGCAAUAAAAUGACACACUUAGAAAUGCAAGCUUGUAAAAGAUAUAUUAUUCGACUUCAAUCUGCAGUACUUGGACCCAACCCAACUUCAAUGAAUGACAUCACUCUGAGUGAUACUUUGCGGACAACUAUAGAAAGAAAAGGCGAAAUCAACCCAGACAAUAUGUUUCUGUUUUACGAUUCAUUUGAGAAAGAUGAUUCUCUCCCUCGUAUUUUAGUGUUUAGUUCUCAUUUGCAACAACUUAUUGCGUUUAAGGCAGAUCACAUAUUUGCAGAUGGAACUUAUCGUAUCACACCAAAUACAGUUCAAUGUCUGUACACCAUACAUGUGUAUGUCGAUAACACGUGCUAUCCCGUUGUUUUCAUUCUCUUACCCAACGAAACCGAAGAAACUUUUACUCGUGCGUUUUCAACACUUAUUAACGUCUUCUCAAAUGUAAAAUUUGCACAUUGUGAUUGCCAACUAUCGGCCAUCAAUUCACUUAUUAAAGUGUUCAAAGUUGACAUAAAAUUGUGUUUAUUUCAUCAAAACCAGGCAGUUUUUAGGAUGGUGGGUAAACUUGGUUUAUCAACGGAGUAUACAAACAAUGCAAAACUUCAUUUGUAG